UCAAUUUUACAAUUUUCACUUUGGGCUGGUAUAAAUUUCAUAUAAUAAAGUCAUGGAAAUUAAGUCCUAACACUGAAAAUGAGCUAAUAUAUUGAAAACAUUGCAAAAGGACGGCUCCUGCACUGGAAGAGCAUGCUCAACGGCUUCAAUGUGAGACUGUAGUAACAUAGCCAUCAAAGGCAUUAAAAUGUCGAAUUUUAGAUAAUAACUUAAAUAAAAACUAUGAAGGAACUGACUGUAAGUAUACAACUGAAAAUCUGGUAAUCUGAAAAUUUCCUUUGUAACCCUACUGAGAAAUCCAGCUUAAACCAGCAUAAGCUCCCAGUUUGCUACACCAGCAAAAACCAGCAAAAACCAAGCUGGGAGACCAGCUAAAACCAGCAUAAUUAAAAUUUUACAUUUAGGGCAACUUUCAACUCUUAUUUACAGUUAACAAUAAAUACACAAAAGACAUUUUUUUUUAUUUUUGACGAUUUAGACUACAAACUAAAUUUGAGUUAAAAUGUACCGUAACGUGUAAAUGAGGUGUGUUGGCACCACAGUACCGCGAGAGCACAGCUUUCGACUCUCUCUCUCGCGGUAUUUUGAUGUCACAUGCCGCUCGCUCUGCGCAACGCCGCACGAAGCAAACAGUGCUCAUGCAGAUAUUAGAGGUGCGUUCCAUUCGACCGUAAGUGGACUGCGAAGUGGACUUCACAGGGUAUUCCGCCAUCUUAAGUGAGAUUCCAAUCCGAAGGGAGCGAACAUGUUCAGUUCGAAGGGCACUGCGCACGGCAUAGGGAAUCAGGGAACAUCGAUACAUCACUUCACAGGAAGUGGAGAGCGAUAAUCACCCAACUGUCAUUGCGCGCAUCACGUGAUCACCCGUCGGAACGGUCAGACCGCUAUGCAAUUAUAUGACAAGCGUUUAAAAACACAUAUAUACACAUAGUUAACCAAAGUUUAAAAUUUACUUUCAUAUUUGCAUGACAGUUACAGCAGGGCUUCAAUUCUGUUAAUAGUCAAGUAAUAGCAGCAAUAGUCAAUUAAAGUGUAUAAUAAACAUACGUUUUUCAUUACGUAGUACUCAAUGUUUUUUUAUUGUAUAGUGUACAUAUUUGAAAUGUGAUAGUAAAUAAAAAUUAAAAUAUGAAUGUAGUCCUAUAUAUAUUUAUGUUAUAUCAAUCUGCGCGACCCCGUCGUUGACUUUCUUUGAUGACGUUUGCAGGCCGUUCCAAAUGAGCGGUUAUUGUCCGUGAAGUCCACUUCAACUGAUACACCGUGCUCAGGGAGUAGGGAGCAGUGAACACUCCGCAGGGACCCUGUCGAAUGGAACGCACCUUGUGUUUCUAUUUUCAUUGGUUGAGUGUUGGGUCACAUGACUGAGGUGUGCACGUUUACCUGCUGUCACAUUUGUAAGCGAACACAUUUAAUAAAUACCCUUAGACUAGAAAGCACGUGCAUUGUAGACGCACGGGUAAAUUGAAAAUAUUUCUAAUUUCUAAGGUAGGCUAAGCGUUUAAGAGUUAAAAUUAUGAAAAUUCCACAUAAAUGAAUGGCAAAACUAUUUUAAAUGCACUUAACAACUCUGGAGCAAUGGCACUGUCACAGGUUCAGUGCCUCGAUGACAAUCACAUCAAUGUGCGAACUAACGAAUCCAAACCGGACUUCUUCUACAGCGAAGAGCAGAGACUCGCGAUUGAGAGACUGAUACAAAAGGGACGUGAUGCUUUUGAGGAUUACAUCAAAACCAAAAACUUGAGAUGCUUCUUAUCGGACCUUGAACUCGAGAGGAUUCUCAACACUGUGGAAGUGUACAGCCCGGGUUCCUGUGAUAACCCUGAGGAACUUCAUGGCGAGAGUGAUGGAGAUAAGUUUUCUCUCCAGUACUGGCCUGAGCGCUCGGAUUACUCCAUCCCACAGCUGGAUAUCGGAUGGCCGGACCCGGCGUCUUACCGAGGAGUGACCCGUGUUCACGUGUACACUCAACCACCUUAUGAGGGUCAAUCACACAUAAAAGAGGUGGUGAGGAAAAUGAUUGGCCAAGCCCAGAAAGUUGUUGCAAUUGUCAUGGACCUGUUCACAGAUAUUGACAUCUUUAAAGAUGUCCUGGAUGCAAGUUACAGACGGAAAGUUGCUGUGUAUAUUAUACUGGAGAGAACCGGAGUGACUCACUUCAUGAGAAUGUGUGACAAAGCAGGCAUGCACACAGGGCACCUCAAGAAUUUGAGAGUACGCAGCAUCAGAGGAGCCGAAUUCUUCAGCCGAUCUUCAAAGAAAGUGUGUGGAAGUCAAAGCCAGAAGUUCAUGUUCAUUGAUGGAGACAAAGCAGUCUCAGGCUCAUAUAGUUUUACAUGGUCCGCCUCUAGACUGGACAGAAACCUCAUCACUGUGCUGACCGGCCAUACGGUCGACAUAUUUGACAGAUUGUUUCAGGAUAUGUAUUUGCUUUCUAAUGGGGUGUGCCUGAGCGAGAUCAAUCUGGGCAGUGAGCCCGAGCGUCUCCCUCAAGCAGUACCCACUGUAUUCCCCACAGCAAAUACUGCACAUAAACUCAUUAACCCAAAAUACAGUCUGGUAUCCAACUGCACUUUCACUAUCAAUGGACCUGUGCCCAACCAGACAUGUGCCAAAAACACCAAUCAAAAGGAAGCGAUUAAACAAAUUAGAGAUGCUCCAGUGCUACCUGCGCUUCACCCGGGGCUGCUCAACCUGGAGAAAGCAAACAUGAUCGAUUACGUGCCGACCUGGCCAGAUCCUGAACCGCCAAGGGAUGUCAUUGGUUUCAUUAACAUAAGGGACAACAACAAGCCGCUGCCAGCUCAUCUGAUGCGUUCAGAACUCUUUGAAGUCUCUCAAGCCAUUCGAUUUAAGGAUACUUUGUGUAAGCCAAGAGAGCCUUUAUCUGUGAGGGCUUGUUCCAUAUCACAAACUGCCUCUGCGCAUGAAGAUCCAGCUCAGACAUGUACAGAAGCGCAGAAAAAUUCAGAGGAGGCACAAAAGCAUGCUGAAUAUUUUGAUCAAAAUCAGCAACAGGAGAGCAGCCAGACCAAGGAUCUUAAUUUGCUUCUACAAUCUCCACAGCCUGAAACGAUGCAUGUGCUUACUGAUCACAUAGAAGAUAGAGGAGCACCAGAUGUGAUGAAAAAAGAGCAGGACUCUUUGCAGAACCAAAACAUUUAUACUGAUAAAGACUUGCCAGAUUCAACUUCUUGCUCGGAUACAAAGCAAACCACUAAUGCCCCACAAAUACUGCAAUGUCCUAUUCAAACCCCAAAUAAUCUUGAUUUCAAAUCACCGUCAGCAGGGUCUGACUCACUUGAUAACCCAGGAAGUGUUUCUGUUGAAGGCUUCAGUGAAGUCUUAACUGAUGGUGCCAUUCAGGACCACGUAGAUACAAAACCAGUGUUGGUACUGGAUGAGACACAACAGAACUUUUAUGAUAGACAGAUUUCUAAAUCUGACUCUAACAUCUCUUCCUUGUCUGAUUAUUAUGAUUGCAUUAGCCCUGUUGCUGAUUUAAGGUUUGAAAGUGAGGCCUUUGUACUGGAAAAACCAUCAGACCUGCAAUCUUUGCAUAAUCAGAUCAAAAACAUUCAUAAAGAACAGGAAUUUUCUUGUUUAAAUUCGGACACAAUUUACAAUUCUGAAGAAAAUAAACAAACCUGGUUUACUCCUGAAUCUUUGAAGACAUCUUUCAGUAAUGUAUACAAUUCAGUGUCGUAUACAAACCCAUCACCAGCAUCAACCACACAACCUGCACCUUUCACGUCCCCCACUGUCCAAGAGAGUUUAAAUGACAAAGAGGAAUACUACGAGUGCAGUGAUACAGUGGGCUUUGAAUUUGACGGUAUGGUAAAUUCGAUGGAACCUAGCUCACAGGAAAUGACCACACAGGAAGCUGAUACUGAACACUGCAACAUUGAGUCAACCUGUCAGAACAUGAAAGAAAUUGAUGAACGUAAAGUGCAGUCUGGAUCAGAAAAACAGUCUGUAAUAGAGGCGAUUUCUGGCAUUGAAGAUGAUGCUCGACCUCAGUUGGAUGAAAACAUUAACAGACAGCAAAUACAAGAGUCUGAAGUAAUAUUACGGUCAGCAGUAGAGAAUGAGUUGAUUUGUAAUUUUUUGCCAGAAUGUAGACCUGAGAAGAUAUUACAGAUACAGCCCAAGAAAUUGAAAACUGAAAAACCACCGAUACUGGACUCUGAGACUGAGUCAAGUCUAGAUUUAAUAUGCGAGGAACAGUCUGUACAAUUAACUGAGAAAACUGACAAACCACCAAAACUGGACUCUGAGAUUGAGCCAAGUCUAGAUUUAAUAGGCGAGGAACACUCUGUAAGAUUAGCUGAAAAAACUGACAAACCGCCACCACUGGACACUGAGAUUGAGUCAAGUCUAGAUUUAAUAUGCGAGGAACAAUCUGUACAAUUAGCUGAGAAAACUGACAAACCACCUAAACUGGACUCUGAGCCUAAAUUAAGUCUAGAUUUAAUAUGCGAGGAACACUCUGUACAGUUAACUGAGAAAACUGACAAACCACCAAAACUGGACUCUGGGAUUGUGUCAAGUCUAGAUUUAAUAUGCGAGGAACAAUCUGUACAAUUAGCUGAGAAAACUGACAAACCACCAAAACUGGACUCUGAGCCUAAGUUAAGUCUAGAUUUAAUAUGCGAGGAACACUCUGUACAGUUAACUGAGAAAACUGACAAACCACCAAAACUGGACUCUGGGAUUGUGUCAAGUCUAGAUUUAAUAUGCGAGGAACAAUCUGUACAAUUAGCUGAGAAAACUGACAAACCACCUAAACUGGACUCUGAGCCUAAGUUAAGUCUAGAUUUAAUAUGCGAGGAACACUCUGUACAGUUAACUGAGAAAACUGAAAAACCACCAAAACUGGACUCUGGGAUUGUGUCAAGUCUAGAUUUAAUAUGCGAGGAACAAUCUGUACAAUUAGCUGAGAAAACUGACAAACCACCAAUACUGGACUCUGAGCCUAAGUUAAGUCUAGAUUUAAUAUGCGAGGAAGAGUCUGUACAAUUAGCUGAGAAAACUGACAAAACACCUAAACUGGACUCUGAGAUUGAGUCAAGUCUGGAUUUAAUAUGCAAGGAACAGACUGUACAGUUAACUGAGAAAACUGACAAACCACCAACACUGGACUCUGAGCCUAAGUUAAGUCUAGAUUUAAUAUGCGAGGAACAAUCUGUACAGUUAACUGAGAAAACUGACAAACCACCAACACUGGACUCUGAGCCUAAGUUAAGUCUAGAUUUAAUAUGCGAGGAACAAUCUGUACAGUUAACUGAGAAAACUGACAAACCACCUAAACUGGACUCUGAGCCUAAGUUAAGUCUAGAUUUAAUAUGCGAGGAACACUCUGUACAGUUAACUGAGAAAACUGACAAACCACCAAAACUGGACUCUGGGAUUGUGUCAAGUCUAGAUUUAAUAUGCGAGGAACAAUCUGUACAAUUAGCUGAGAAAACUGACAAACCACCAAAACUGGACUCUGAGCCUAAGUUAAGUCUAGAUUUAAUAUGCGAGGAACAGUCUGUACAAUUAGCUGAGAAAACUGACAAAACACCUAAACUGGACUCUGAGAUUGAGUCAAGUCUGGAUUUAAUAUGCAAGGAACAGACUGUACAGUUAACUGAGAAAACUGACAAACCACCAACACUGGACUCUGAGCCUAAGUUAAGUCUAGAUUUAAUAUGCGAGGAACAAUCUGUACAGUUAACUGAGAAAACUGACAAACCACCAACACUGGACUCUGAGCCUAAGUUAAGUCUAGAUUUAAUAUGCGAGGAACAAUCUGUACAGUUAACUGAGAAAACUGACAAACCACCAACACUGGACUCUGAGCCUAAGUUAAGUCUAGAUUUAAUAUGCGAGGAACAAUCGGUACAGUUAACUGAGAAAACUGACAAACCACCAACACUGGACUCUGAGAUUGUGUCAAGUCUAGAUUUAAUAUGCGAGGAACAGUCUGUACAAUUAACUGAGAAAACUGAUAAACCGCCAAAACUGGACUCUGAGAUUGAGUUAAGUCUAGAUUUAAUAUGCGAGGAACAGUCUGUACAGUUAAUUGAGAAAACUGACAAACCACCAAAACUGGACUGUGAUCCUAAGUCAAGUCUGGAUUUAAUAUGCGAGGAACAGUCUGUACAGUUAAUUGAGAAAACUGACAAACCGCCAAAACUGGACUCUGAGACAGAGUCAAGUCUAGAUUUAAUAUAUGUGGAACAGUCUGUAAAGGUAGCUAAGGUAGGGGCAAUCCUAAACUCUUCUGAGUUAAAUCUAGAUUCAGGUCUAGAUGUGUCUUUAAUAUGUGGUUCAAUUUUCAAACAUUCAGAAGUAAAUGGCUACAAAUCACAGUCAGCAGCAGGCAGUAUAUCUGAUAGGGUCUCAUCAGUGCCUGACAAAGUAGCUGUAACUCCUGUAAUACUAGAGAAAGCAUCUGUGACAGUGUCCACAGGGCUGCAUAAGACUGACGAACUACAAAACUUACUGGCUGAUCUAGAUUUUGCAAAUUCCAAACUGGAAUCUGCAGUACAUGUCAAAGAAUUAAAGUUACAGAACGAUAAGGACAAUCAAACAGUGUUGAAGAAGGACUCUGAGAGGCACAGCGCAAAACUGCCAGAAGAUUUUGAAAAAGUCGAGCUGUUGAUUCUAGAGGAUUCUGACCUCGAAGAAAAAAAGCCAAACCGUUCUUAUCCCAGAAGAACAAAAGCCGCAGUGAGCACAGAAAACAAACCAUGCAAAACAGCACCUUCAAGACUAAGGAUAGUUAAUGUUAGAAAGCCGAUAGAGGAUCAUUACAGUAAACGUGGAAAGCAAACAUGUCAUUUGACAUCACAGGUUAAAGAGAAACAAGAAGGGGAGCGUGUUUCUACAACUCAAGUGAUAAAGACCCUGCCAGGGGCAAAACCAAAGCUGGAUUGUCAGCAACCACAUCAAGCAUCGAAAAUAAUUCCCAACGUAAAAGCAGCAAGAGGAGAGUUCUCUACAUUACCCAUCACCAAACCAUACAGUGUUAAUCGCUCACAGAGGCCUCAAACUGGAACACAUAGAUACCCGCCUGGACCACCAUUACAUAACCCCUGUGUUACUGCCUCGUCAUGUCCUGAAAACCUGGCAACAGGAGAAGCUGUAGCUUUUGGGUCAAUGCAGUUAGAGCAGAGUCAUCAUUGGAAAGUCCGCUCUUCAAGCUGUCCUACCUCAUCCCCACAACAGCCUUAUGUCCAACUGAAUGGGCCUAAGACCAGACAAUCUUGCCAACCAGUCCUCAGGAAACAUCCUGCAUCCACCAUAAUAUACAGUUCACCUGGGAUGCCAAAUCUAAGACAAACGAAGAACUUGAAGCAGACAUUUAAAGAGACUCAUACGAGCAAAAAAGAAUAAAGAUAGAGUUUCCAGGUGUAAUAUUCAUUUUAUAAAUGUUAUGGUGUGCAAUAGAAAACAAAAUGCUAAGAGAACUAACUGUUUUAUUUUAGUAUUAAUUUAUGGUAUUGGACUGACAGUUUUAUGUGUUUUUUAAUUAUAUCUUGCCAAUGGCAGAAUUUCACUCUUGUGUAAUGCGGUAAAUGUUUUUCAGGGAGCAUGUUCUUUCUUGUUCAGCAAAACAUUAUAUGUUUGUGUCUGUAAUGUACAUCAAAAGUCUUGAUCACUUUAUCUCAAACCCAACCUGAGAACAUUUGUAAUUGUUUUUGAUCAUUGUGUGUUCCAGCCAGUUUAUCAUGUACUUCACAUUUACACUGUUACAGUAUUGACUGCCACAGAAAUAAUGGGAGGAACUCCAGUUUCCAGAAAUAACUCAUUGCAUUUACUAGUCUUUAUUUAUCUUAUUCUCUUUAAGGUUUCAGUAACUAUUUGGGAACACUAGCUGCCUGCUUAAGAUUGUAACUGGGUAAAACUAAAUCUCAAACAAGAAUAAACUUUAUCUAACUAAGUGGAUGUUUUAAAACGCACACCCUUUUAUUUUUUUGUUAGACAAAACCAGAUGAAAAUAGGCUAAUAUACCUUUGACCACUUAAAAGCCAUUGCUUUUUACCAGCAUCAAUGCAAGUAAUUUAUGCACACCGUAAACAUAAGCAUAUUUUUCAACACUGGCUUAGAAACAAAGUCCUGUCUAUCCUAAAAUCUAGCCAGAUUUGAUGAAGGGAUGGAUUAUUAAGGAAUAAUUCAGGUCCUGAUCACACAGCCAGGGUUUAUUUUGCGAUGACAACUGGCUGCCUUUACAUUUUAGUCAUAAGGUAAGGAACAUUACAUAUUGAUUUGAAAUAUUUUAUUUACGUAACAAAUGCAGACAUUACAUUCAAAUGUCAUGAACACGCUUUUUGUUUUAAUAAUUUGUAAAUAUCAUUUAUGUUAAUAAAAUACAUUUGUAUUUAAUCUUGAUCGUUUCAAUCAUAUUUGACAGAAGUUUUUCUGUUAAUCUUGGUGAAUUUUCGUCAUCUGCUGCCCCUUUGUUUUGUGGUGUCCCCAAAGGGCCAGUAUUGGGCCCUAUGUUGUUUUCUGUGUAUAUGCUGCCCUUGGUGUAUAUUUUUACUUGUUUGACAAAACAAAUGACAAAGCUCAUUUCUGUCAU